CACAUCUACUUUCGCACACACAAUCAUGGCUGCUGUUGCCGUCUCUUCACCUUCCAAGCCCGCCACCGGCGAGAGCUCAGGCCCCAAGGUCGCCAAGCGCCUGCAAUCGGAGCUCAUGUCGCUGAUGAUGUCGGGCGACGAGGGUGUGUCGGCCUUCCCGGAUGGGGACAAUCUGUUCCACUGGGUGGGGACGGUCAAGGGCGCCGAUGGGACGGUGUACGAGGGCCUCGAGUAUAAGCUCUCGCUCACCUUCCCGACCUCGUAUCCGUACUCGGCGCCAACGGUCAAGUUUGUCACGCCGUGCUUCCACCCGAACGUUGAUCAGUACGGCAACAUUUGCCUCGACAUUCUCAAGGACAAGUGGUCGGCGAUCUACAAUGUUUCGACCAUCCUCAUCUCUAUCCGCUCGCUCCUUGGCGAGCCGAACAACGACUCGCCGCUCAAUGGCUACGCCGCUGCGCUGUGGGACAACCAGACCGAGUACCGGGCGGUCAAUGUCAAGAAGUUUGCCGAGGGCACUGCGUGAUGACGGCUGAUCACUGCCUCUCCGUGCUGCGGAACUCGGGCUAUCUUGUCAUCCUGCCUCGGCUCCCGGCGCGCCUCCAACGACCCCCCCCUGGCGCGCGCCAUCUGACCGGCGCGCUACCUUCCUUGUUAACUCUGCCCCUCAAUCGAUAAAUGACGGACCUCC